AUGCGAGCUGCCCAACAUUCUACUGAAUGUGAGACUUUCUGGUCAACUCCUCAGCUGCCAUCCAGGUGGUUCACAUUUUGGAGACGUGAGAAUAGAGUGCGCCAAGCGAAAAUGACGACCAAUAUCAUCAACGAUGGGAACACCACCGGUAUUUCGUUUUGUUGGGGUCGAGAGGGCGUCGCUUCUCUUCACAUUCACAAGCUCAACCAAACGCCAACCAUACGACGUGAUCCAGUAUCUCAAGCAUUGUGGUUGUAUGUGCCAUUGGCUCGUGGGGAGUGGAUUCGCCAACUAUGGCUACAGUACCGGGGACUCGCACCAAACGUUUCCCCCAUUGUAUGUACUUGA